GCAGAAGUACUAGGCACUCUCCCGCCCUCCAUUCCUCUCAUUCUGCUUGUGCGUAAGAUCAAGGGGGGAAAAAACUAUCAAAGGGACCAGCAUGCGGCGGCGCUCUUCCUCGGUCCCCGUCCGACCUUUGUUUCCGUAUCCGCGGGGCGAUGAAGGCGGCCCUUUCCAGCCUGCCACCCACGCCAAGAUCAUAUGGCCGGCCAUGAUGAUCUCACCAAGCAAAAGAGUCACCCGCGGCGCCGGGCUUGUCGUCGUCCUGCUCGCCUUCCUCUGGAUAGGCUUCUUCAACUGGCACGUAGUUGCCGACAAGCUGCCGUACGGGAGGGUAAAAAUGCAGGAGGUGCCCGACCCUUCCAAGCUGGACAAGGUGCUGGUGCUGGGCAAGAUGCCCAACGAGGACGUGUCGUGGACCCACAACCUCAAGCAAUGGACGCCGUUCGUGUACACCAUGGGCAAGAGGCCCGAGCGCGGGUACAUCCUGCGCCCGCCAUCGCUGCAGGGCCGCGAGGCGGUCGUGUACCUGAGCUUCAUCAUCGACUAUUACGACGCGCUGCCAAACAUGACGGCCUUUGUGCAUGCCGGCCGCGAGCAGUGGCACAACUCGGAGCUCGGCCCGUGGACGGGCACCAUACUCGAGAACCUGCGCGCCGACACGGUCCGGCGGCGCGGCUACGUCAACCUCCGCUGCGAGCACGACCCGGGCUGCCCGGACGACGUGCACCCCAAGCACCCGACCCAGAGCGACAUCGACGGCGACGACAUCCGCGCCCACUUUGCCGACGUCUACAUGGAGCUCUUCAACGUCUCGAGGGCCGACAUUCCCGAGCACCUGGGCCACCAGUGUUGCGCCCAGUUCGUCGUCACGCGCGACCGCAUCCGCGAGCGGUCCCGCGAGGACUACGUGCGCAUGCGCCGCUGGGCCAUGACGCAGACCGUAACCACCAGCUUCAACGCCGGCUGGGUGUUUGAGAAGACAUGGCACGUCAUCUUUGGCAUGCCGCCCCAGUACUGCCCCGCCCCCGACGUGUGCAAGUGCGAGCUUUUUGGCUGGUGCGGGGUCCCCAAGGGGGGCAUCAAGAGCCUGCCGUCGGACCACAAGGGGAUCAAGGGGAAGCAGAAGCUAUAGAUGGGGAGAUAGAUAUUUGGCUAUAGUUAAUUAAUGACAAUAGACAUGUGCUGGGAGACCUGAGUGAGCGGUAGGCGCAGUUGGCCAUCUGCA